UCACUGAUAUGUAACUGUGCUGCUGUGUUGCUGACUGAGUCUGACUUUCAACUGCGGAAGCAGGAAAACCUUCCCGAAUGUAACAUCAGUUUGAAACGGCUUCAUGGUUCCAAAAAUCCAAUCACACUCUUUGUAAAACACCAAACUUUAAUCAUGAUGUUCAAUUCGAUCGUUAGGUCUCGUCCUCUCGGUACUUUCUUGGCCCAAUGGCGUCGUCAGGCUGUUGAUAGUAUUUGUAAGAGGAGAAUGUGUGACAAACCCCCGGUGGCAGCCACAGAGACGAAGCCUGCCGCCCCAACACCGAGCACACCACAUCUAGGUUUCAAACUGCCUGGAUACCGGCCGUCAGACUUUGACAAGAAGAUGCUCAUAUGGUCCGGCCGCUUCAAGACUAAGGAGCAGAUUCCUGAGAUUGUAUCGUAUGAGAUGCUUGACGGUGCCAGGAACAAAGUACGUGUCAAGGUCGCAUACCUGAUGAUGGCUGUAACCAUUGCAGCUUGUGUGGGAAUGGUGAUCCUGGGAAAACAGGGUGUGAAAAACCACGACUCGCUCAUUGCCAGGAACAUGGAGAAGAAGGCUCGCUGGAGGGCCGAAGCUCAGCAGGAGAGAGAGGCAGCGGCGGCGAGUGCUGCGACUCUAGCUACUGAGAAAGCCCAGUGAGGGACUCUGAGGAGGAGCAACACCCCCCCCAGAUCACAUCCAAAGUGCUCCUGGAUGCCUCACCUGUUAAGGACCCUUUUUGCUGCCCCCUGUCUGUAACUAGUAGGUAGUGCAGCCCUGCAUCAGGAGAACCAAAGUAGACACAAAGAUUUGUUCACCGCUUAAAUCACUGGAUGGGAUCUCUAGAGGUGCCAAGACGUAUGUAUGACCCUCUGUUAGAACAAGACUUGUGCUUAGAAGCGAAGUGCUGAGCGUUAUAUUGAAAGUUGAUAUUCAGCCGUCAGAGAUGUAGUAAUUCAGUUUACUCGAUCAGCUAUUCCUCUGCCACAGUUAACUUUUUAAUCUUAUCACGCUGCUGUUUUACAAGUAUUAAAGAAAAAAAAUAACCUACUCAAA